AUGAACCACCUUCUUGAUAGUAGUAGUAGUAGUAGUAGUAGUAAUAGUAGUAGUAGUAGUGAUGCUUCGAUGAGUGACAUUACUACCUCGACGCGGAUAUCAGAUGGUGGUACAGCAGCAACCUUCUUGCAAUCGUCCUCCCAAUUUCUGCAGAAAUCCAGCCGUGAAUUCACCAUGCUCGUCCAGCCAAGCGUCAGUCGCAGCCAAAAGAUUGCGGACCAAAGACUCUUGGAACUGAAAACCCGCGAGUUGAAGAUACAGUCGAUUGGUCUCAUUGGGAGAGAACGAGAAACUGAAAAGCUGCAAUCCUGUCUUAUAUCCAUGAUGGAUGAACAACAACAACAACAGCAACAGCAAGCGGCAGAAGAGAGUAGGAAUCACAAACAGAAGAUUGAAUCAAUAGAAGAAACAAUAAGCACCAUUGAGAUUUCCAAAGUAAAGAAGAAACUCGUCUUUAUCAAAGGAUUCAGUGGUGUCGGAAAGACCACGCUAGCAAGAACGAUGCAACUUGAAGUGAUGAAAGGCGGGGAUGGAUGCUACGUCGAGGGCAAAUUUGACUUGAAUAUGAACCAUAUGGAUCAACCGUAUGCGGGCAUUGCAAAAGCCUUUCGUGAACUUGUUACAGAGUUGUCAGUGACAAAUCCGGACAUGCUCUCAGCCAUUGGGCAAGGGCUUUGUGAGAUGCUUGGGCCGGAACAAGUGGAACAUCUUUCCGAUCUCAUCCCAGAGCUGACACGUUUUGUGGAAGGAUAUCAUUCGUCAACAUCCAAGUACGCCGAAGGGAAUAUUGAUGGAAUGUUAGAGAGAUGGAAGUACAGUUUUCGGGUGCUGACACGGUUACUGACCUCACAUGUGAAACCCUUGGUGAUUAUGAUUGACGACUUGCAAUGGGCAGACAAGGCGUCUUUAGAUAUUAUCGAAACCUUGAUUACAGAUUCUCAAAAUGUGAACCCACUCAUGAUCAUUGGAUGUUACCGUUCCAAUGAAGUCAACGAAUCGAGUAAUCUCAAAAAGUCAAUAGAGUCUCUAAUACAGAAACAGUCAAAAUUUGGCUUUUUUGUCACAGAUAUUGUGGUGAGAAGCUGUGGGAUCGACGAAGUGGAUCAAAUGAUUCGAAAAAUGAUGGAUGUGGACGAGGAGGAGGAGGAAAGCACACACGAUCUUGCGGAUCUUUGUUUCCGAAGGACUUUGGGCAAUCCUUUCUUUGUAAUUGAGUUUAUGAGUAUGCUCCAAAGAGAAAACUUGAUCCAAUUCAACAUUGGGACGCUGAAGUGGUCAUUUGACGUGUCAGUGAUCGAAGAGGCAACAUUCUCGACUGCCAAUGUAGCAGAGAUGCUGAAAUCAAGAAUGGAACAGAUGCCUGCAGAUGUCAAACUGUUGCUUCGGGUGGCUGCAUGUCUUGGUCCUACCUUUGGAGUGUCCAUCUUGGAAACGCUAUGGAAGAAUCUGCCAUACAUACCCACCAAUAGCUCUGCUGGACUAGACAAUAUCCCCAAAUUGAUAACUUUUAUUGAAUCUGAAUUGCUGAUCGAGGCAUGGGCGGGAGACAAGUAUAGAUGGGUACACGAUAAAGUGCAAGAAGCAGCACUAUCGUUGGUAGAAAGCGAUGAAGUGAAUUUGAAAUUCCAUUUGGGGAAAGCUCUAUACUAUAAUCUCCAGGGAAUCGAGCUUGAGGAUAGCUUGUUUGACAUUAUUGAUCUUAUUACCAGUGAAAAGGGCCCAAAAUCCGUCGAGUUUGCUUCCCUUUGCCUCAAGGCUGCGACAAAGGCAAAGCGAUUAUCAGCAUUUCAGUCCGCAACAAGAUACGCAAAGAGAGGAAUCGAAAUGCUUCCUGAGGAUAAAUGGACCAGCAGCCGGUCAUUGACGAUUGAACUCCAUGCAAUUGGAGCACAAGUGGAACUCGCACUCGGACGUGUGGAAGAAUCAAAGAAUCAUUGUGACGCUGUUCUGAGCAGGAAAGAUACCGAGAUUGGUGACCGAAUUCCAUUCAAAUUGGUGGAGAUACAGAGACUGUCAACAGUGGAAAUGAAGUACCCCGAUGCGAUAAAGAGUUGUCUAUCUCUAUUGAAAGAUAUGAAUAAUAGACUAUUCUGGAGUCGAACCUUGCUUCCUGUGCAAGCUAUAUAUGCUCUUUCAAAGACUAUCAAAACUAUCAAAAGGCUGCCAAAGGAUUUUUAUCUGCGGAUUGGCCGAAUGGACAGCAACAGCAACAACAACAACAACAAGAUAAUGGCAGAUAUUCUGGAACGCAUACGUUAUUCAUCGUAUCAUACGAAGGAAAUCUUUCAAAUGAUCCUUGGUGAUUGCAAAAGUGUGCACCUUACACUGCAGCAUGGUUUGUGUGAGCACUCUGGGCAUAGCUUUGCAAUGAUUGGAUUCUAUACAACCGUCUUGUUCAAGGACUUUGAAGACGCUGCGUUGUUCCGGGAAUUGGCACUCUCUACGCAGAGCCAUUUUGGGAAACCACGUGCUUGUCAGACGAUUUUCCUAUCUCAUUUUUCGUCACUGGCGUGGACAGUUCCAAUACAAAGUUUUGCGAGUUCCAGCGUCUUGUAUGAGUCCUAUGUAACGGGUAUGCAAAAUGGAGAAGUCGAUUUUGCAAUGUGGAGCCUUAUGGCGCAUUUUGUUCAGAUUCCAAUUAUUUUGGGCAAGCCUAUUGAUCAAAUCUUGGAAGCUUUUCCCAAGAUAAUUGCGCAAAUGGAGGAAGUAUCGCAAACUAGCCAGGCUGUGACUACAACGUUGUACUGGCAAAUGCUUUUGAAUCUCCGGGAACCGAAACAGGCGAAAGAUCCGUUAAAGCUCACCAGGGGCAACAAUGCAAUCAUUGAGAAUCAUCCAGACCAGGAGGAUGAAUAUAUUGCAACAUUCCGAGACUACCUAGAGUGUCAGCUUCUCCUUUUCUACAAUCACGAAUCAGCUGCAGACAGGGCCAUACAAAGCGCAGGAAGACUCGAAAAAGCCGCUCCUGGAACCUUUGAUUUCAUGAUUGAGACCUUCCACCGUGGUAUCUGUCUAUAUGUGGCGGCGCGACGGACGAAACGACGAAAGUAUGCGAAGCAUGCCAAAAAGAUUAGAAAGAUUAUCCACGAGUGGAGAAGAAAAGGAAUUCCGAAUGUCGUUUACUACUGUAUGUUUCUUGAUGCCGAGCAUGCGGCACUGGCAGGCAAGCACGAGGAAGCAGAGAAGCACUACAAGGAAGCCAUACACUUUGUGGCCAAACCCGGUCACCUCCAACAUGCAGCGCUAUUCAACGAGCUGUAUAGUGACUACCUUUUUCGAGAACGGGAUGAUAAAGACGAGGCCAAAUACAGGCUGGAGGAGGCUAUCUGGUACUAUAGAGAUUGGGGAGCUCUUGGGAAGGUUGAGAAGCUGAAGGAGUCAAGUCUCCUGCUGUACGAGGAGGCCUCAGGAUGA